CCGAAAUAAAUGCAGCAGCUGGGGAAACCCACCGACUGAAAAAAGAAGAAAAAAACCUCCGACUCCCUCAUCUUUGUUGAAGGAGGAAGAGAUGAAGAAAUACCUUCUCCUCCUCUCUCCUGCAAAACAUGUCCGGCAGCGGCAGUUCCGGCUUCCUUUUCCACAAUCUCAGCAACCUUGGCCUUGGCUACGCUAUAGCCAUCGCCUUUGGAUUCCUAGUCCUCCUUUCCACCAUCCUCCUCGCCUCCUACGUCUGCUGCCGCGCUUCCCGCAAUGCUCCUCCUCCUCCUCCUGCUCCCUCCUUCUCUAACCCUAACGUCUCCGGCGUCGUCCUUCCCCGCAUCAUCUUCGUCACCGAAGACAACGACAACGACGAAAGAGAGGAUCAUCCCGUUCCUGGCCUCGACCUGGCUGCCAUAAACUCCUAUCCAAAGUUCUCCUUCUGCAACUCCAAGGAUCACGCCGGUGAUUCCAUAUGCUCCAUCUGUCUCUGUGAUUACAGAGACGGAGAGAUGCUGAGGAUGUUGCCAGAUUGCCGCCACUUCUUCCAUCUCUGCUGCGUUGACGCGUGGCUACGCUUGAAUGCUUCCUGCCCCGUCUGCCGCACUUCCCCGCUCCCAACGCCCAUGUCGACGCCUCUGUCUGAGCUUGUCCCCCUCUCGCAUUUCCCUGCGGAUGGAAGGAGGUGACAUUUCUCCUUCUUCGUUUUUUUUUUUUUUU